AUGGCGUCCUCGCAGAAAUUUCACAUUGCUGCCAACAUCCUCAAUUUAAAAUCCUGUGAAGACGAGGAGAACAAGGACCCCGCCGUCGAGGACGAGGCCGUCGAUUCAGUUGUGGGCCUUUGGGAGCCCUCGGAGGGGGUCCGUGAGACUCUUGAAAAGGCUCCUGUCUUCAGGCAUGAGGCAACACGUUUCCUUCACAUUGUGGCUUCUGAGGAGGGGUCUCAUUUCAAGUGCGGGAGAAAGAUCUCAACCUCUUAUGUGCGCUGUGAGAGCUUGCCGAAAGAGAGGCGAGUGAUUCAAGUUGAACAGUCCAUGCUGAAGUCAUUGCACAUGCUUAGGCCUAGGCUUCUGAGUCCUUUGGGGACCUGUGAGAGUGCUUUGAGGGAUCAGAUGCGGGACCACCCGAGGGCAGGUACUCUUGUGAAUGCUCCUUCGGAAAUGUAUCUCAAGGUGCCAACCGGCGGAGGCAGCAACAUGGCCGCUUCUUACUCAGAUAGCCGUAGUGUCUUCGAUGCCAGGGUAGAUGCAUGUGGAUUGCCGAGGGAAGAUGCUGCGAAGGUCAAAGCGGCGGUGGGUUCGCUUCGGCAACUCGCCUUCAUAUCAAGCUUUACCCCGGGUCAAGCGGAUGAGGCCCCGCUUAUGGCUGCUCUGAAGUCGAUGCUGGGCCGAGAUGCUGAAUUGGCUGUUCAAGCUAGUCUCAGGGCAUUGUACCACGAGGCUUAUGCUAUUGUUACUUCAGAGAUGCGCCAAAAGAUCGAGAAGAGUGAAGAGCCCACGGCAAGGAGGCUCACCCAGCCCGAGCGUGCCGAGAGGCAUGAGAAGCAAGUCGCGAAGUCGCUUUGCAGUGCACAGGGAGAUGCGAUCGCCGGUGGUCCCGACAAGGCACAAGCGUUUUGCUGUUGUGAGAAAGGCCGUUUGACACUGGUAGCGGAGCCUGUCUUCCGAGCCUCAGAGAACGGAGUCGACGUCCCGGCUCCCAACGAAGCCGACCCCUGGCAGAGCCAGGACCCAUGGGCGAGAUGGCGGACAGAGACCGCCGAGGUGACCAAUGAUACUCCGACGACACCGACCGAUGAGACGACAGCUGAAGCUAGCGACGACCACCACAACGGGAACACUGCUGACAACAGUGGCUGGGAGAGCCGCUCUGGACCGGGCGGGGGAACGCCGGGUCCUCAUGAGCGACCUAGAUGGUCGGACGCAGCUUGGCGCGAGUGGCUGCAGGGCACCUGGAAGCCAGAGUUUGGCGGGCAGGUGGACGACAACUACGGCACCGACGGCCGGAGGACUUCCACUACUUCGGCGGACUCCAACGGGGCGACUGGCGCUACAGCGACAAGGCACCCACCGAAGAAGUGGUGGGAAGGAGGGACGGAUUGGAGCCGCGAGCAGUGGCACGGCACUUCGUGGACCUGGGCGGCGGACCCUGGGGCGGCCAGUACUCGUACCUCUACCUCGGCCCCGACGAACACGCCGGCUACCCGAUUCAGCGCGACGCUUACGGCAUGGACGAGCACGAGACCUACGGAUGGUGGGGAGCGGCCCGCUGGCGGACCCGAAGGCGGAGGCGGCAAAGGACCAUCCGAGAAGCUGAUCAUCCCGUCGUUCAGCGGCGACGGGGAAGGUGCGGAGCUCGGGACGAGUGCACGGAGCUACCUUCGCCAGGUGGACGCCUGGGAACGCAUGACGAAGCUGGCGCCCAGUCAAAGGGCACUCGUCCUCUACCAGCACCUGGAGGGCGCAGCAUGGAUCAACGCCGAGGCGCUGAGCAUGGAGGCGCUGAGCUCGGCCGAUGGCGUCGGCUAUCUACGACAGUGGGUACAGCAGCACUACCUGGACGUGGAGGUGACGUCAGUUGGGCGAUCGCUUUCGGACCUGUUUCGCAAGCUGAAGCGGAGGUACAACCAGAGCUUCCGGGACUACACGGCCGAGUUCAACCGGCUGCUGGCGAGGGUCGUGGAGUGCGGGUGCAAAUUGCCGGAUGUGGCUACGGCAUGGUUGUACGUAGAUCGGGCCAGUCUCGACGAGGCCACCGAGGUGAGCCUCCUGGCGAGCGUCGGCAACAAAUACCAGUUGUUGCAACUCCAACAGGCAGCAAUUAUAUUGGACAGGUCCAUGAGGAAACCGUGGGAGAAGAGCGGCAAACCUGAUGGUGCGCGACGGCCACAGACCGUGCACCACACCGAGGACGCCGAGAACAACGACGGGCCGGAGUCCGACGAGGAGCCGCCUACGGAGGACGUGCCCGGCGAGGACGGGGAAGCGCUCUACGUCGCCUACAUGACCGCUAAGGCCCGCUACAAGGACACCACGCGGGCCCGGGGAAUCGACAUCGACGCUGUGAAGAAGACGGCCGAGGAGCGGAUCAAGGCGGCGAAGGCGAGGAGCUAUUGCUCCGUCUGCCACCAAAAGGGGCACUGGCACAGAGAUGCCUGCUGUCCAAAGCGAAAGCCUGAGGUGCAGACCGUGAAUGUGGCCCAUGAACUGGACAGCCUCCGACCGGCUGCCUCCCUGGGACUCCAGGCCAUCACCGACUCCGCGUGUUCCAAAUCGGUGGUGGGGACUACAUGGCUGCAGGGAUACCUCAACAUGGUGAGAAACCAAGGCAAGGUCCCGGAGCUGAUCUCCGAGCGCGAGGCCUUCCGCUUCGGAGCGAGCCGGGUGUACGAGUCCACGUACGCCACCGUGAUCCUGUUCUACCUGGGGAGCGCCUGGGUCGCCGUGAAGGCGGCGGUGAUCCAUGGGGAUAUUCCCCUUUUGCUAUCGAAGCCCUGCCUGGCGAAGUUGGGGAUGGUCAUGGACCUCGAGCACAACACGGCGGACUUCCGGAAGCUUGGCAUCACCGGGCUGCAGUUGCUCACGACUCCCACUGGCCAUCCCGCGGUAGCUGUGUGCCACAAGGGCAAAAGCCUUCCCGAUCCGAGUGCCCUGCCAAAGGCCUGGGGGCCGGACGGCACUGAGAUCAUCGCCGAGGCCGCUCAGGUAUAUAUGACUGUUGUUGCAGGACAGGGUCAGGGAGAAGGGCCGGGUUCGGGAGUGCAUCAGAUCUUCUACGAGAAGAAGGUAGAUGAGGCCGCUAGGGCAAUGCUCGUUGGUGAUCAUCUUUGCCAUGCUACAUUCCUUCAGUGGUGGAGAAGCACUACUUUGACCCCGAUAAGUGGAAGACCCAAAGCACACUGCAACGCGAUCUACUACAACAGGCCCUUGGAAGCAUUCGCGAAACAUGGGGGAUCGCAUGCAGCAGCCGGCGUCCGCUUAGCACCGUCUGUCACUUGUGGAGGGACACGCAAUCUGAGAGCGACUGCGGCAGCUACCCAACUCUAUGGAUCGGCCGCAGCGUCUUCAAUCGAGAGCGACCUAACAGCCUGUUCCUUUGCCCUCCUCGUGAUGAGCCACGGCAAGGCGACAUGGACCAUGAACAAGACACAGCUGUUGGCCGAAUGCACACGAAGGAGCCUGGCGGUGGAUCCGAAGUGGACGGUGACCGAGCUGCGCCACGUCUUGGCCGGGGACUCCAAGCACUACCACUACCGCGAGUCGCCACCGGAGGUGCCGAAGAGCAUCUCGAAGAUGACUCGCGACGAGUUGGUGUCGGAGGCGGAGAAACUGGGCAUCGAAGUCGGGACCAAGGACCCGAAGGGUGCCAUCAUGAUGCGGAUCCGAGACCACGCGGCGCCGGACACCACGAUGAUGACGAUCGGCCGCUUCCGCGGCGAAUCCUUCGUGAACAUCCCGGACAGCUACGGGGACUGGGCGUCGGAGGAGGAACGGAUCAACGGCGACAACAUGCACCCGGAGAUGAAGCGAUAUGUUACAUGGCGUCGCAACCACAAGGCGAGGAAGAGCUCCGCGGGGUACAUCAACAAGAACAAGGCCCGGAACUACCUCGACGUGGAGGCGAGCGCGCUCAUCCCGCCACCACCGAUCAGCGAGACCGGGGCCUCCUCAUCGGCAGUGUGGGACAUGGUAGAAGGGAUGGGCAACCCACCGUCGGCCACAGCCAAGGCAACAUCGAGACCCACGAGAAGACCCCUCGAGGAGGACAAGAACGCCCGGAGGAUGGAAAGGGAUGUGGAGCCGCACAUGUUGGAGGAAAUCCGCAACCUGGAGGAGGGCACGAUCAUCCCCGAGAGCGACAAGGACUUCUACCCCAAGAACCCGGUCCACGACACCACCGAGGCAGAGGGCGGCUCUACUAGGACGGCGACCGUCUUCGCCGCCGAGGAGGCGAUCAUCCCAGAGAACGACGAGGACUUCUACCCCAAGAACCUGGUCCCCGGUGGCGCAGAAGCCAAUGAUCAGGACUACGAGUCGUGCGAGUCGUCCGAGUCAGCCGUGGCCCAAGAGGCUCUCUACACCAAGCAUGAUGCGCAGGAAUGUCUCGUCACCGAGUUCGGGUACAAGGACGGCGUCACAGGCGGCGAGGAGAUGGCGAGGCGAGCCCUACAGGAGGAACGAUUCGGAGACGAGGACGUCGAGACGAUCUUGGACGCCUGUGAGUUCGGGCACAGAAGGGACCGCCCCGGAGUGCACGCGCAAGGCGUGGAAGAGCGAUGCGUCCUGGGCUACUACGCGUUCGGGAAGUUCCAUGGAGUCACCAAGCGCAGUGGGGCAUGGAGCUACCUGACGAGGUACCUCAACCGUUUCCUCCAAGUUCGGUGCGGGGCCGCGAGCUCUACCUGGACAUCUUUGUCUAUAUGUCUGAACGCUCCGGCCGGGAUCCACACCGACCGGACCAACCUCCCGGGGAGCCUCAAUGUGAUGUGGACUGGCGGCCAACACCGAGGCGGGGGACUGUGGAUCGCGGACAAGGAGGGCACCGAGAUCAGGCGCGACGACAACGGGGAGUAUGUGGCGGGCAAGAUCAUCGAGACGAAGGGCAGGAUCACCUCCUUCGACCCGAAAUGUAAGCACGCAAGCGAACCUUGGACAGGCCGCCGUUGGAGUGUCGUCGGCUAUGUUGCCCGGAGCUUCCCCUACGCCUCCAAGGUCUCCAAGCGUGUGCUCUCGAAGCUCGACUUCCCUGUGCCCACGGCCACCGACCUCCGUUGUUUCAGGGAGGCCAACGUCAGCAACCACCAGCGGGAAAGCAACUCGAGGAGGCCCAGGAAGAGCGUCCAGCGGGGUCUCUGGAAGAAUGCAGCAGCGAUUUCAAUGAUGAUGACUACAGCGUUGGCUACGAUGUCCUCGUUCGCGAUGGAGUACACGGAACCUCGGGCCAAGCCGCGGGUCGCUAUCCUCGAGGUCGGCGACGUGACGGCCACAUGCUAUGCGGCCGGGAUCUGUCCGGAGGGGGGGAGCGUCGCCGAGCCCAUGUUGUAUUCCGACUUGGAGUACGCCGACAAGCUUACAGAUUGCAACUUCGGGCCCAUCGAGGUGGGCACGAUCAAGCAUGAGCCCGGGGAACUUUGGCUACAUGUCACGAGGGACUGGCUGGCCACGGACGUGAAGGAGGACGCCGAGCAGGCAAUGGACCGCCAGCUGCGCGACGGGCGCAGUGUCGUUCUGCAAAGGGGCGCCAGUGAUAUCGGCCUCUGGGAAGAUGCCACGUCCGGCUGGGAAGACGCCGGGUACACGGUCGACUAUGACAUCGACCAGAAUGGCAACGAGUACGUGAAGGUGUCGCCCGCCGAGGACGACCCCGACGAGCCCUAUGUGAUCUACGCGGCCGACGCCGUCGGAGAGAGGGACGGAGUGAAGCCCGACCGGGACGGAGCGCGGUCGUGGGCGUGGAUUUGUUCUAUGUGCAUGAUGUCGAGGGCAACCCACGAGCUACUCUCCAUCGUCGACUACUCCUCGGCGUACCAAGUCGUGAUCCCAGUUGCCCGGAAAGACACACCGCAUAUCGAGCGAGCGUUUUGUGAAGGAUGGGCAAAUAUAUUUGGGGCUCCAGAGGUCGUCACGGUGGAUCUGGAGAACGGCUUGCAAAAGGCGCUCGCCAAGGUCGGCGAUUGGGCCGGCAUGCGGAUAAAGUCCGCGGCCGGACAGGCCCAUUGGCAGGCCGGCUUUGUCGAGCGGCACGGAGGGAUCUGGAAAUCGAUGUUCAGUCGGGUGAACGAGGAGAUGUCCGUCGUCAAGGGGGAGAUCCACCUGGCAACGAUGGCCGUCUCCAGCGCCAAGAACCACCUCACCAGAUCUGGAGGGUACAGUCCACAGCAACAUGUGUUCGGGACGACGCCCAGGGUUCCGGAGGACUUACUCGAGGGCCCUCACGCACGGAGUGCCGACGACGGUCCAGUCAUCGACGACAAGCACGCCAGGGAGGUCGCCAUCCGGACGAGCGCCCGCGUCGCCUACCACCACGUCCAGACCGACGAGAGAGUGAGGAGAGCAGGUGUACUACUUCCGGAAGACGCAAAGCGCGGUAUGUGGGUCGGACCUGGCACCGUGAUAGGCGAGGAGGGCACCAACAUAUGGGUGUCAAAGGGCGGACGAUGUGUUCUGUGUGCGGAGGAACACGUGAGAUUGGCGACGCCAGAAGAAUUGGGGCAGGCGUUCAGUAUGCGAGUCGCCCGGGAAGAUCUGGAACGGCUCCUUGGAGGCGACCCGGAGGAUGAGGAGAUCUACGGGGAUGACGAAGGCGACGCCAACGGCCACGGCGGAGCGGACCUACCCAGCGACCUCGACGACAUCCUCGACGAGAUGAGCCUGCCCGACGAAGUCGCCUACGAUAUGGAGGCGGAAGACGAGGAGGCGAGAGGGGCGAAGACCGAGCGCUCCAAGGCCAAACAGCUCGAGAAGGAGAUCCCAUGGUCCCAGAUCCCCGACGAGGUCAGGCCCCUGUUCAUUGAGGCCGAGCGCAAGCAAUGGAACGAGCACUUGGAGCAUAAAGCCUUGGAAAUCAUGGACAUCCAAAGCAGCUUGAAGGCCCGGGCCGAGGUGCCAAGGGAACGCAUACUGCCCUCAAGGUACGCGUACCGCGAUAAAGCCAUGGGCAAGCGGAAGGCGUGCCCAGAGACGCCAUGGCGUGCCAAGGCACGGCUGGUUGUCGGAGGACACCUCGAUCCAGAUCUGGGCGGCGGCCUCACGACAGACAGUCCCACCAUCAACCGGUCCUCACUCAUCAUGCUGCUCCAACUGGCCGCUUCACUGCGAUGGGAACUGGCUGCCGGCGACAUCCAGGCGGCAUUCCAGCGGGAGCUGUUUAUGGAACAGCCACGAGGCGGGGUCGAGGGACUCGACCCAAGGCAACUCCUGCGGAUCCGGAAGGGGAUCUUCGGACUCGCUGAGUCACCACGAAUGUGGUACGACCGCUUGAACCAGGUGCUCACGGAGGAGACCUUUGUCAUCGACGGCGUGAACCACCGCCUACGACCUUGCCCCCUCGACCCAUGUGUCUACCUACUACAGGCCGAGGGCGAACCCCGACCACGCGCCUACAUCGGGAUCCAUGUUGACGACCUGAUCAUCCUGGCACCACGCGAGGUACGAUUGGCACUGCAGGAGAAGAUCAGCGCCCUGUUUCCGGUGGACAGCUGGGAAAGCGAGGAAUUCGACUACAUCGGCUCGAGCAUCUCCGUCAAGGACGGCACCGUGAAAGUGAACCAGGCGGCCUUUGUGGAGGGCCGACUCUUCACCGUCGAGGUCCCCAAGAACCAAGAGGGGGACCAGCCGGCCACCGAGGAGCAGAUGAUCGACAACAAGUCCCUCAUAGGGGCCUUGUCAUGGCUGGCAAGCCAAUCAAGGCCCGAUUUGCUGUGCCCUGUCGCCCUGGCACAGCAACUCCAGAGAGCGCCGACCACCGACGACGUCCGCUUCACUAACACCACAGCGCUCCGUGCCGAAGCUCACAAGGACAAGGGCCUCACGCUACACCCUGUCGACCUCAACAGGGCAGUCAUAGUCGUCUACCACGAUGCUGCGUGGGCCAAUGCCGAGCACGAGGAGGCCGAGCCCGGGUUCGAGCUUAAGGCGGAGGAGAUCCAGAGUGGGAACAUCGGGGCGGGACUCUACAGCGACAAGAGACCUCGACUACCGAAGCGGGCGAGGUCGAAGCUGGCGUCACAGCUUGGCCACCUGGUGUGCCUCUGCGACAGGGACAUCGCCAACGGAGCAAGAGUCCCCGUCGGGAUCCUGGAAUGGCGGAGCAAUGCCUCAAAGAGAGUGUGCCGGAGCACGUUUGGGGCCGAAACAAUGUCGGCGGUUGAGGCUCUAGAGGCAGCACAGUACCUCCGUGCCCUCAUGGCCACCUUGGUUAGCGGUCGCCUGGUGAAACACGAACAGGCCGCGGAGUUCUGCCCGAUCCUGGCGCUCACCGAUUGCAAGUCUCUUCACGAUUUUCUUCACCGAGCCGGACAGCCGAGACUCCCCUCCGACCGCCGGCUAGCUAUAGACCUGGCGGCCUUGCGCCAGGACCUACGUGCUGAAGUACCAGCAGGAGCCCCUCAGCAGAAGGGAAUACCCUUCAGGUGGAUACCCACCACCCUCCAGAUGGCCGACGUGCUCACCAAGCCACGCCGAGGUGAUGAGUGGUGGUCCAUGCUUGAAGAGGGGAUACAGCUGCCGUUCGCGGACGGAACCUUGUCGCUUUGCAGUGCACAGGGAGAUGCGAUCGCCGGUGGUCCCGACAAGGCACAAGCGUUUUGCUGUUGUGAGAAAAGGCCGGUGCGCCCUUUAGUUUCGGUAGCGGCUGCCAGUGUCAGCUGCUCCCAGCAGUUUGACAGUGCUUAUCAAGGGCCCUUCGGAGCCCAGCGAGGCACUCGUCGACAAGGCCGUACAUUUCUUGGGAAUCUUGCACCUCCCGGGAGCAAGAAGUUGCAUCGGAACGAAAGAAGGGGACAUUCGGGGAAGCUUAAAGUCGAGAACAAAGAUGCUGAGGACAAGGCCUCCACUGCUUCGGAGGUCCAUGUGCUUCAGGCUUUGCAGAGGCGAUCACUUGCCCUGGAUCAGGCAAAUCUUGUUGAGUACACCCUGAUGCAGCAAUGGUCGGACCGCCUGUUGCGUGCCAGGAUGGACGAUCCACCGCCCCAGUACAGCCGUCCGUCUUGGAGCCAGCUUGUGGCUGCAGACAAGAAGCUCUUCAGUGAGUUGCGGGAUCUGACGAGAGACGGAGUCCAGUCAUCAAGUGGAGGGGCGCGCCCGCUUGACAAGCACCUCCCUGCUGUGAUGAUGUCGUACGAUGUGGUCUGCUUGCUCCAGCCUAUGCCUCAGUCAGCCAGUGGGCGGAGCUCCGAUGAUUCCGGCAAGGAGCGCCCCGCUCCCUACACUCCCAAGGGUCCUAGGAAGGGCGCUGGGAAAGGCAAAGAGGGCAAGGGAAAGGGACGCAUGCCUGCGCAGCUUAUCGCUUGGGGCUGCACUUCGAGUACCAAGAAAGGAAAUCCGUACUGUUAUGGGUUUCAGCUUGGCAACUGCCAAAAUGCUGUGACCAACAAUGCCUGUGUGAGAGGCUUGCAUGCUUGUGCCAUCCCGAAGUGCGGGCAGCACGGGCACGGGGCCUCCACGUGCCCGAAGAGGAAACAAGAGUGA